UUGUGAAUCAAAUUUCAUAUAUAAAAAACUGUUCUACUUUUUUGCUGGCUACUCAAAGUAGUUCAUCUUUCCUUUUUUAGCAGCUUGUAUAUAUAGAAUUGAACACGUCAGGUUGAACGCCAACCAAGUUUUCUAAUUCUAGUUCCAAGCCAUAUCAAUUCAUUUUCCCCAUAACUAGCAACUUUUACAUGAAUAAAGCUGUUACUGUUGCAAAUUACUCGAUGUCUGGAAUGAUCCUUUAACUUUAAUGGCCUCUAGAAUGCCAUUUUUCUGACUAUAAAGCAAAAUUUAAGAAACCAACAUCCAUUUUUUAUGUCUUUCUCGUAACUUCAGUGGCAUUUCACAGCACCAUGAGCUGUCUUUAUGAAACUUUAAAAAUCCCAAAAGCUUUUUCCUCUUCCAUAGUACUUAUACUUUUGUCCAAGUAACAGGGAGCUAAGUUUCAGGAACAAAAACAGUAUAUGCCUUAUCAUGGCAGCUCUCUUCCAUCUUACCAGUCCCUCUAUUCCUUGACCAUCAUCUUUUAUCGGAAUCGAGUAGGCUUCUCGGAUCACCUUCUUGCAUUGUUUCUCUCGGAGUGCUUGAUUGAUUUUUCUCACAAAAGAGGAUUGAGGGGGUUUUUUGGCUAGCAAAAUUCGAAUCUGAAAACCCCAUGAGGAGGAUUGCAUUUUUAUGCAGUCCAUCUAAUUCUUUCAUGGAAUUGGGCAAACAGCAUUGCUACCAUCUGCUUCCUGAUUCUCAACUGCAAAAUGAGACAAGUGAAAGAAAGUGGCGGAAGGAGGUCAUUAAAUCUGACACACCAAAGCACAAGUCAGAUCAAAAAGAGGGCGCUGGUCAUAGGAGGAGUCGUAUCAACAAAUAUGUUCUUGCUGCUGGUAUUCUUGCCUCCACAAAUUCGGUUCUACUUGGCUAUGAUAUUGGGGUGAUGAGUGGAGCGGUUUUAUAUAUCAGGGAUCAUCUCAAGAUCACUUCAUCCCAACUGGAGAUCAUGGUGGGCAGCUUGAAUGUAUGUUCUCUAAUCGGUUCACUUGCCUCAGGUAAAACUUCUGACAGUAUAGGCAGGCGUUAUACGAUAGUCUUGGCAGCAGCCACGUUUUUGAUAGGAGCAAUUUUAAUGGGACUAGCUCCAUCUUUCCCUUUCCUCAUGGCUGGAAGAGUAGUAGCUGGAAUUGGUGUUGGCUACUCUCUUAUGAUAGGUCCAGUCUACACUGCAGAGAUCUCUCCGGCCAUUACUCGGGGCUUUCUCUCUUCACUUCCUGAAGUCUUCAUUAAUAUUGGAAUUCUACUUGGUUAUAUCUCCAACUAUGCAUUGUCAAGCCUUCCUGAGUACAUAAAUUGGAGAUUAAUGCUAGGACUAGCAGCAUUGCCAGCACUUUUUGUUGCACUAGCGGUCAUAGUGAUGCCAGAGUCCCCUCGUUGGCUUGUAAUGAAAGGCCGAUUGGUGGAAGCGAAGCAAGUUUUAAUUAAAAUAUCAGAUUCUGAAGAGGAAGCUGAUAUGAGACUCGCUGAAAUGGCAAAGGCUGCUGAAACUAUGGAACAAGAACCAUCUUCAAGUGGCUGGCAUGGCCAAGGGGUUUGGAAGGAGUUAUUAAGGCCAUCUAGGCCUAUUCGACGAAUCCUAAUCGCUGCAAUUGGUGUUAACUUCUUUAUGCAAGCUUCUGGAAACGAUGCUGUCAUAUAUUACAGCCCUGAAGUUUUCAAGGACGCUGGAAUUCACGAUAGGAAACAGCAAGUCGGUGUUACAAUCAUCAUGGGAAUUGCCAAAACAUGCUUCGUUUUCAUAUCGGCUCUUUUCUUGGACCAUUUUGGGAGGCGGCCACUUUUAUUGUUGGGCUCAACAGGGAUGGCUGUUUCAUUGGUUGGGUUGGGGCUGGGCUCCAAAUACCUUCAAAUAUCCUAUGACAAACCAGUGUGGGCCAUUGCCUUGUGUAUAGUGGCUGUGUGCGCCGAUGUCUCCUUCUUUUCAAUUGGGCUUGGACCUAUCACAUGGGUCUAUUCUUCAGAGAUAUUUCCAAUGAGGUUCCGAGCCCAAGGUUCAAGCCUGGCAAUAUCUAUCAACAGGCUGGUUAGUGGGAUUGUGUCCAUGACAUUUCUAAGCAUUUCAGACAAGAUUACCUUCGGGGGAAUGUUUUUUGCACUUGCAGGAAUCAUGGCGGUUGGUACAGUUUUCUUUUACUUCUUUUUGCCUGAAACCAGAGGCAAGAGCUUAGAAGAGAUUGAGAUUCUUUUUGAUGAUAACCCUCCGGAUGGAAAAUACAAUUCCAAGUUCUUUUGUUUUGCCCACUAAUUGAAAAAUGAUCUGCAAACAUCUCUCUUCCAUGUUUUGGGUACGUAGUAGUUUUGGUGGAGCUAUAAAUAAGGAAAACCUUGAAGAUUGUAGAUCAUCAGAUGAAGACAUGGCUUGAUUUCUGAGGCAAAAGUCAGUGAGAUGAUACAAGUAAAAUGUCACAAUUUGAUUAAGCUUUUCGGGACUGGAGUGUGCACAUAGAUGCACAGUUGUAAAGAGUUGCAUUUUCUUUUCCUAAUUUCUAGUACAUAUGGAGAAAAUCAAAGGUUGUCCCCCAAAUUCCUUGGUACUUCUCUUUGUUGAAAUACAUGGAGA